CCACGUUGGAGCAUCUAUCACCAGAGUAAGACGAAACUGCCUCACGCUACAUUGUUGAAUGGGCUCAGCAUGCAGGUACCCUGCUACGACAAGCUUUGAGCGGGAGGCACCAAGGUGCGCACACCAGAGCAUUCGAAAUAGCAGUGGUCACAUUCAAUGAUUAACAGUACGACACACUUGUCUCGCAGCAGAAAAUCUCCGGUUCCAGACUCCUUAGCGACAAGGAUUUCCUUCUCGAGAUGGACGGUCUCUUGCCAGGAAGAGGUGACCCAUUUUUUGCCAAGUUCACCUUCACACCCCCAGAUUUCAGUGACGACGAGGCAGGUUGCUUUUCAGCCACUAUUGAUCUGGAAUUGGGUCUCACCUUGAACGGCUGCUGCCUGUUAAAAGGUGAAUGGGUACACAUGUGGGCCGUAGCAGAGUGGCUGUGAGAUGACUGUAGGAGAGGAGUCACAAAAGAAGUAAUCAGUUGCGCUGGCACGGCAAAAUGGAUGGGGAGCUUAGCUUUCCGUUAUUAAAGACAACGAGACGCACCCUUAGAGAGCAGGUCGAGGAGAUGAAGGAAGUCGCUGGCCGUUUGCUUGACCUCCUGUUCUUUCCAGCAGGCCCGAACUUCAUCAAGCUUCGCUUCUGGCACUACGAUCGCAGAUAUCUUCUGGCAGCGCAAACUGUUCUUAUUUUGUCAAUCCCGGCAAGUGUGCUCGACCCCCAACGUUGUAAGAUUACUAAACACUCUCCGCACGUUGACAAGUCUCGACUGCGGUGCUGAGUCGUUCAGAACCCCAUCUCACCUGACUCUCGGCGCCACCAUCCGCUCUCAAACCAACGUCCCCCACCUUCGCGCGUACAGAAAUUACAAGUCACUUCUCC